AUGGUUGUGCAAGGCUAUUCAAUUUUAAAUGUAAAUGCAAAACGUGGAAUAGAAUAUUCACCUACUCAAGGUUUUCCCGGAACAUAUUAUCCUGUUUACGCUCAUCAAAAAGGUAUAGAAUUCGAGGUAUAUGCUACACCAAGAAAUAAUCAAAAAUUUUGUGAUGAACCUGGUAUGGAAUUGAUUGGAAAAUUGUAUAUUAAAUUACCUGAUGAGUAUUCAGUCGAUAGACCUGUGGAAUUUACUUUGAUGUUUGGAGAACUACUUAUCAAUGCAACUGCACGGUGCAAAAAAUCCGGAACACUUUGUAAAGCUACAUUUGAAUAUACUAAACCUGGAGCCUAUGGAGUAUCUUCUAAUAAAUAG